AAAGUAGUUUUGCUUUCAUAACGAAACACAGCGUCUCCCAGUUCUCUAAAUCAUGUCUUGUCUCCCCUUGAAAGGUCUACCCACGGCCAUGGAAACGGAUGAGUUAAUGUUCAACCACGUCUUCCUGCGUACCUUCUGCCAUGGCCACUGGGACUCUUGGAACCAGUUCCUAGGGUGGGCCAAGUACCCACAGGACUCCCUACGACAACCUACCAACAGACUCACUCCAUUCCAGUGCAUGCUCGGCUACCAACCACCACUCUUCCCAUGGUCAGGUGAACCCUCAGACGUCCCAUCGAUUGACUACUGGUUCCAAGAGAGCGAGAGGGUCUGGGAUGCGGCCCACCACCAACUGCAACGGGCCUUACGUAGGCGCAGGCUGACAGCCGACCUAUCCGACCGCUCAAAUGCCAUGGAAUACCAACCUGUACAGAAGGUCUGGCUGUCAACCCGUGACAUCCACCUGCGCCUACCAUGCCAGCCUGGCAUAGCCGAAGCCCCCCUUCCUCUCCUCCUUGAUGACGGAGUGGCCUACGAGGUUCAUGACAUCCUGGACUCCCGGCAGCGUGGUGGACAACUUGAGUGGACUGGGAAGGAUACGGUCCAGAGGAACGCUCAUGGGUCCCAUGCAAUGACAUCCUGGAUCGGAACCUACUAGACACCUUCCACUCCAAUCACCCCGAAAUAUUGGCUCCAUGAGGAAGAGG